AGCGGCUUCCACCUCCAGCGCUUCUGUUUGGAAACUUUAUCAAAGUUAAGCGUCUCCAUGUUUCCUCACGACUGAGGCGGGCUCUCGGUGUCAGAAUGGAGGGCAACGUCAUUGGACCGGGUCCGUACCGGGCCACGAAGCUGUGGAAUGAAACCAUUAAGCUCUUCCGUGGGGGCAUGCCGCUGAGAAGGCACUGGGCAAACUUCCGCUACUAUGACUGCAGUUUCACAGGAUCCGAGGCUAUUGAUUACUUGCACGAGCUACUGAGGUGCAACUACAACUUUGGGCCUGAGGUGACUCGCAACCAGACGCUGCAGCUGCUCAGAAAGUUCUUCAAGGCCCAUGUCAUUGAAGAUAUCAAAGGACGUCACGGGACAGAGGACUUCGAGGACAACAGUCAUCUGUACAGGUUCCCCACACUGUCUCCUCUGAAAUCUUUUCCAACAAGGCCUCUGUUGAGAGACAGCUGUGACCUGCCCAGACUCAUCCGCUGGGAUGACUAUGAAGAAUUGCCUCAACAGGAAAAUGUUGCACCCCUGAAGACUGCUGUCAUGACUUCAGAUUUGUGGAAUAAAAGACACAGUGUAGCGAUUGGAGAUGUAAGCGAAUGCAAGCUCAUACGGAGGAAGGAGAUUACUUCAAAACAAGUUGACCACAUUUGGAAAUCAAUGACUGUUGCACAUUUACAGAGAGUGCUGGGCCUGCAGUCAUUGGAUGGAGUGUUAAACCUCAAGCAUGUAAACAGCAAACACGUUUUUCACAAUGUGUUCAGUGUUAAUAAGACUGGGAUAGUCAUUCUGGAGAACAAAGCUGAGGACAUGCCCUAUUGGGUGGUAUCCGCAAUGAAAUGCCUCGCCAACUGGCCUAAUGGCAAUGAAACCAAACAGCCCGUGUACCCAGGAUUCGAGAGAGAUGUUCUGAGAACAGUAGCCGAUUAUUUUCAGAGACUCAAAGAACCCCUGCUGACUUUCCAUCUAUAUGAAGUCUUUGUCAACAUUCUUAGUCUGCUGCAGGAGGAGGAGGUAGCCACUGAGGCGCUUCAAGUCAGCGGUCUGUUACUGCCGCCACCCAACCGAAGACGCCUCCAGCUGUUACUGCGUCUCAUGGCGCGGGUCUGCCAGAAUCCCCACCUGCCUCCACUCAAUGACACUAUUACCACCCGCACACUGAUGCUGCAGAUGUUCUCUCACUGCGUUCUGGGAUCAGUAGAUGAGAUGGACUUGGACGAGCUGCUGGCCACUAAACUGGUAACCUUCAUGAUGGAGCACCACAACACCAUCUUCCAAGUGCCCGCCAAGCUGCGUGGCCAGGUUGAGGAGCAUAUGUCCCAUCUCAAAAGAGUUCAGAUCAAAUACGCAGGUUCAGAUACAGACUUUAGUCUAUCUCCAGCCUUUUGUAAACAAAUCCGCAGGGUGGAGUCUGAGGAGCAGAAGGUGAUCGGUACCCAGACCCCCCUGCAGCAGCUUCUGGAGGGUCUGAUAGCAGACAAAGAACUCCCGGCCAAGGACAAAAGAAAAAGGCUGAAACAGUUCCAGAGGUCAUACCCGGAAGUCUACCAAAAUCGAUUUCCAACAGAGGAAAGCAAAGCUGCUGUCAUACCGGCGAAAACUCCUCGACUCAAACCUCAUCUCAUGUUCCUCAAGAAACCUUUCCAGCCUUUUCAGAGGAGCUGGAGUUUCAGAGCAUGAUUUGCCACCACUGACAUAUCUACACUGCUGGCUGUUUAUACAUCUCAACCUCAGUGUCCUGAGAGUUUGGCUGACAUGGCGCUCUGGCCACAGGCUUGGUACCUCUGAUUAACCACUACGGUUUGUAUUCAAAAUAAUGAAUUUGACUUUGUAGCACUACUGAACUUAAGACAUUAAAGGUUCAGUUCACUCAAAUUUCAAAAUAGUUUUGAGAUUUCCCACUGAUUUCUUGUAAUGCACAUUGUGUUGUUGCUGUGGAACAUUUGCAACUAUUUUCCAACUUUUAACAAAUAGUGCAUAUAAUUAAUGUGGAGGGGUGAACUGACCAUUUAAGGGCAUCUCUAUGUUUUUACUUAAUAUUGCCAGAACACUUGAAUAGAAUACAAAAUAUCUGAAACAUUUACUAACUGUAAAAUAACCACUGAUGUUUCCUAAAAUGCCUGUUUUGUAGUUUUUGUAAAAUUGUGUAUGGGUUAAUGUUUCUACUUAUAUGAUACUAUAUUUUACAAAGCCUUAUAUACUAUUAAGUGGCUUUGGUACCUCAACACUCUGCAGUCCAAUGAAAUGCAUACAAAAUAGACAAAACACAAGAUAAUUACAUAAAAACAUCUUCACCAAUAUCUCAAUGCCUGGCACAUUCAGCAAAUAUUCAUAUCAUUUUCAAUCUCUGACAGGAAAAUAUAAAAUAUAGUGUAUAUAUAGUAACCUAUAUACACAACAUGCAUGCAGGGUAUGUAUCGUACCUCUAAACUGCCCUUAAUUUGCUUAUAUUUUGUCUAUUUUCACAUGUUUUCAAAGAUUGCAUUGCAUUGAGCUCACAGAGCCACCGUACUAAGACAUCAAAUUGGAUAACUUGAAUGAAAUGCAUUUCAAAAGUGUUAAUGACCUAUUUGGUUUUGAUGUUGUAGGUUCAAAAACUAUUAAUAAUCAAAGUAUGUCAAUCUUUUAAAAUAUUUAUAUUGAUAAACAGCUCAAUAUUGUAGCUUGUUAAACUGUACUGCAGGUGCAGUGAUAUUCCUAAAAAACCUUCAGCCCUGGAAUUCCAUGGGCUAGUCUCAUUUCACGAUCACUUUUCAUAUAUGGAAUUUUUGAUGCUGCAUCAUAAAUGAUGUUUGAAUUAACAUAUCAAGGGUUUGUCCAGAAAGGGAGUGUCUGUGUCUGUGACGUGUUACCUAAAAAUAACCUAUAGUUGCGUUUAAGUGGAUAAUUAUGUUUGUAACUAAAACACAGAUGAUAACAAAAGCCCAGAAUAUGUGGGUGAAAAUUGCUUUAAAAACAAUUUCUAUUGGUUUUAUAUCAUACCUAGUCUCAGAGAGGGGAGGAAGACGCAUGAGGUUUAUGAUGUGCUGUUAAUUGUCACCGCAAUUUUUUCCUAAACCCUUCCUGUAAUUUACUUGAUUACUGUAUGUGCCCUCUACUUUCAUUUCAUGGAUCUACUUGUUGGUUUUAUUCUGUAUAUAAGAACUAUUGUCUUAAUUGGUACAUAUUUCAAUGUCUCUGAUGAUCCUUUAGAUGUGUUCGUCAUCAUUUUCUGUUACCUGCUGUUCUCUCAUGUCAGUCAGGUGGUUUCUCACUUAAUUUGAAACCUAAAUUGUUUAAAAUUUUUAUAAUGAUUAACUGCUGAGUUUCAUAAAUGCGCUUGAACAAAAGUGUUAAUGCUGGAAAAACUGUUACACUUGAAUUGCUGCUGUGUGCUGGAAAAAAUCAACAGGAUAAAAGUGAAUUUGUGUUGAUGCUGAUUUU